UCCGCCCUCGGCGCCCGCGAUGGUCCCGCCCUGAGCCCCGCGCUGGUUCGGGGCGCUGGCUCCCCCCGCCUCCCGCCCCAGGGGGCCCACACGAACUUCUGCUCUUGAACUCCGCUCUGCCCCCCUUCUUUUGGCCCAGGGCGACCUCGGCAACCCUGACAGCGACAGACCCGUCCCAAGUGACCAGAAAGGCCCCCCGGGUGGCCCAGCACCUCCCCGGCUCUUUCUGGAUGGGGGCGCCUGGCGAAGGAGCUGGCUGAACGCUCUGGCCUUCCCCUUCCAGCCCCUGCUGACCACACCUUCCCUAGCGCCCAGGCUGCCUGCAGAGCAGGCGAUGCUUGUGCCAGCCAGCUCCCCAGGAUCUUGGUCUGACCGCCAGGAUGAAGGUGAGGCGGGCAACCAAGACCUUCGUGCGGAAGCCUCGCCGUCUUAAAGAUGGGAGCCUGGGGCCCGACACCCCCUCAGGGGGCAGCGGUGGGAGUGUGAGUCAGGAGGGAGAAAACGGUCAGGAGAGGAGCAGCAGCCCACCGCGGCCAGCAGUCUCAGCUCCCAAGCGGGCCAGUGAAGUCGCUGAGGAGACCGUGUCGGGACGGCAGAAGCUGCACACCCAACAGUCCAAACAGCCGCCAGAGCGGCAGCCACACAGCCAAGGGUCAGGACCUCAGCCAGAGUCGCCGCGGCAGCAAGAUGGGCGAGAGCCGCUGCCCCAGCCGCAGCCAGAACUGCAGGAAGAACCCCGGUCUGCGCCACAGGGGCCGCCGAAACCGCGGCUGCGGCUGAUGCCGCGGCAGAAACCGUCACGGGAGCAGCCCAGGCAGGUGCGGCGGCCGUCCCGGCUGCGGCGGGGACGGUUCCAGCGGCAGGAACGGCAGGAAAAGCCCAUGCGUGUGCCGUAUGAGCAGCAGAGGCAGCUGCCGCGGCCGGAGCAACCGGAGGAGGGGGCCGUGCGAGAACAGCCGCCGCCACAGGACUUGCAGCAGGGAUGGCCGCAGCUGCCGCAGCAAGAGGUGCAACCGCUGCCGCAAGGGGUGCAGCAGCCUCAGCAGCCUCAGCAGCAGGAGUCAUUGCAGCCGCAGCAAGAGCAGCCCCAGCACCAAGGACAGUUGCAGCAACAGCUGUUGCAGCCGCCGCCGCCGCCGCCGCCGCGGGAACAGUUAGAGCCGCAGCGGGAGCACUUGGAGCUGCAGCAGCAGCUGCAGAAGCAGCAGGAGCAGUUGCAGCUGCUGCAGCAGCAGCAAGAACAGCUGGAGCUGUUACUGCAGCAGCUGCAGCCCCGGCCUCCGGGGCCGCAGGAGGAGGAGGAGGAGGAGGUGGAGCUGGAGCUCAUGCCGGUGGACGUGGAGUCCGAUCCGGAGCUGGAGCGGCAGCGGCAGGAGCUGGAGCGGCAGCAGGAGCAGCGGCAGCUGCAGCUCCAGCUUCAGGAGCAGCUGCAGCAGCUGGAGAAGCAGCUGGAGCAGCAGCUGGCCCAGCCGCCGGAGGUGCAGCUGGAGCUGACGCCGGUGGAGCCCGGGGCCCAGCCGCCCGAGCUGCAGCUGGAGCUGACCCCUGUGCCGCCCGAGCUGCAGCUGGAGCUGGUGCCGGCCGCCGCGGGGGCGCCCGCCGCGGUGGUGGUGGCGCCCCCGGGCUACGUGGUGCUGCAGGAGCUGAUGGUGCUGCCCGCGGCAGCCGUGUCGGCGCCCUCGAUCGUGGCCGUCCCGGGCCCGCCGGGCGGCGGAGCGGCCCUGACGCCGGCCCGGCCGCCGCGACGGCGGCGGCGCGCCCGGGACCGGCCGACCAUCUGCGGGGAGUGCGGCAAGGGCUUCAGCCGCAGCACGGACCUGGUGCGGCACCAGGCCACGCACACGGGCGAGCGGCCGCACCGCUGCGGCGAGUGCGGCAAGAGCUUCUCGCAGCACUCGAACCUGGUGACGCACCAGCGCAUCCACACGGGCGAGAAGCCCUACGCGUGCCCGUACUGCGCCAAGCGCUUCAGCGAGAGCUCGGCGCUCGUGCAGCACCAGCGCACGCACACGGGCGAGCGGCCCUACGCCUGCGGCGACUGCGGCAAGCGCUUCAGCGUCUCGUCCAACCUGCUGCGCCACCGCCGCACGCACUCGGGCGAGCGGCCCUACGCCUGCGAGGACUGCGGCGAGCGCUUCCGCCACAAGGUCCAGAUCCGCCGCCACGAGCGCCAGCUGCACGGCGCCGGCCGCUCCCGGGGCCUCGGCCUGCUCCGCGGCGCGCGCACGGCUGCCGGGGGCACCCCGCGCGCCGAGCCGGCGGCGGACAAGGCGCCCUGACCCGGGGUCGGGGCUGGGGACGGGGCGCCGAGGUCGGGGAGGGCGCAGCUUCCCCCGCACCCGGGAGCCCCGCGCGCGCUUGGAAGUUUUGACCGUGUUCCGCAACAUCCUGGAAUAUCGCUGGGACAUCGCUGGCAUCCUUUUUCCGGGCCAACUGAGUGACGGACCGAUUCACCCUCGGAAACACUCCAGGGAGGAAAUCGACGAGGCUAAAGCGGCACGGAGGUGGCACAUUGCCGCCCACAGCACAUAGUUCAGGGUCGUCUUUGGGUACCAGUUUCUCCCCCAGGGAAACUGGACUUGACUGGAGCUGAGAGUCACAGGGGAAAACGCCCAACGGCAGGACGAGACGUUGGGUGCCAUUCGACAGAGCUCCAACACUAACCAGGGAAGCCGACAUACGUGGUAUAACGCACGUGAAAGAGUCCUGGUGAAAAUUAUUUCAUGGGGGAAGAGGAAAUUUAUCUGCACUACGUAGAAAACUGAUCAAGGCAUUCAGUUGUCCUCAGUGGCUUUUGCCUUGAAAAUACGCGAAUGAAAGUUCAUCAGGGUGGAUGAAAUCCUGAUGUAAAUGUUUUGUGUUCAUGAACACAGGGUCCCAGCGUCCGCUGGGUCAAUGUGCAAAGGCCAGGAAGUCCACUCUGGGCGAAGGUGAAACCUUCCCUCCAGUGUCACACCCAAGCAAGCUUCCGAGGCAGUCGCUGGGGUAUUCCCAGGCUCACAGUCCGUCCCUAAAUCCUCUUGAAUAGAAGCCCGGGGGCGGAAGCAGAGGGCAUUCUGCGAGUGCUGUCCAAGGUCCUAAGGGGUGGUCCUUCCAUCUCUCCCACAGACCUCCCGUAGCG